AUGGCCUCGCGCCACCUGUCCUGGCCGCCGCCCCCGCCGCCAGGCCCGCCGGGGCCCAUCGCGAGCCCGCCCCGGGCCGCCUCGGGCCCGAGCGCCGCUGCGGCGCGCCUCCCGCGCCCCACCUCGCCUCCGCCGGCCCCGUCGCCGCGGGCCGCCGUCUCCGCCGCGCGGGCGCCCGGCGCCGCCGCCCCGCCUCGGCUCCGUCCCGGCCGUCGCCGCGCCGCCAGCCGCGGGCGCCGCCCUGCUCCUCGCCUCCGGUCACCGGAGCUCACCGCCGGCGCCCGUCCGCGCCGUCCCGCCCCGCUCCGGCCUUCCCCCUCUCCGGCCUCCUCUCCAACUCCGGCGAGCUCCCCGGUCAUCCUCGAAUCACGCGCUCCAGAUCUGGAUCCAGAUCCACGAGGUUGA